AUGUCAUUAGCAGAGUCGUACGCCAUCGCGGCGGUGCACGGCGUGCUGCUGCCGGCCACUGAGGCGGCGAGGCGGCCCUACGUGCCGAAGGGCUCGCAGACGCACAUCAGUAUCACCUCUACGGUGAAGUCUGGGCAGCAGCUCGGCGUGGCGCGUCGGAUCCACACGAGCGGAGGCGGCAGCAGUGACACGGCGAGUGACGAUGUCGCGCCGCGGGUGGCGCUGACUGGACUCGUGGCGACGUGUCCGCGCGACGGCACGCGGCUCAUUCGUCACACCGCUGCGACUGACAGCAGCACAGACGACGCGCUGUGGGAGUCGCUGCCGUUGCCAUCGGGCCAGCGGAUUGGCUGCAUACAACUAACCUCGGAGAGCCGUGCGGCGAUGCUGCAGGCGGGCCCCAACGCAGCGGCAUUUCCCUCACCAGCGCUGCACGUCGCCGACGUGGUGGGGAAUGUGUACGGUGUCACACUUCCUGAUGCGUCGGUGGCGGCGUCGCUCAGCGAUGAGGCCCCGGCGAAGCGUGCACGACAGGAGCCCGAUGACGGGAGCUCGUUUUGGAGGCUCAUCGCCCCUGCGUCAACAUGCGACGCUGACAGCUGUUCGUAUGGCGCGCGCGGCUGGUGCGGGCUGGCGACCCUCCCUUCCCAGCAACUCGCCUGCUGCAGGGAGUUCUUCUUCGACAUCCGCGUACUCGACACGGCAGCGGGAGCAGUGGUGCAGGAGUACGGCACGUUUCACCCGCCUACCGGUCUCUGCACCUGCGCCGGCAUUCCGCACGGCAUUGUGGUGGCGGAGGGGCCGGUGGCGACGGUGUACGACCUGCGCUGCGGGGGCGCCGCCCUCACGAUGGGGAAGGAUGCAAAGUCGUCGCACCCAUUUGUUGAGAGCCGCCUGACGAGUCCAACAGCGGGGGUGGCAGAUGUGUGCGCGANAUGGGGAAGGAUGCAAAGUCGUCGCACCCAUUUGUUGAGAGCCGCCUGA